ACCUUAGUUUGGAGGAAAAUGCUAAAGGACGGAAUGCGUGGCUGUCUGUCUUGGGUGUUUUCCACAACAUAACUUUCUCUUCUUUGUGGCAUCCGCCGCAAGUUGAGAACGGCUUUCCACUCUCCAUUUAGCUGUUAACUGACGAUCACCUAUUGCUUGCAAUAGCUCUUUGUACCUGAAGUAAGCUUGGGGAAACAUCACUUUCACCUCUGCCACUUCUUUCUACACACUUUGCUUGAGCGUUACACACAGCGUCAACGUUACACAAACUCAGAACUGACUGAACAUCACUUCACACUUGUUGCUACCUUGUGUGUCGAGAUAUGAUUUCCAGCACUUCCAAGCUCAAUCCCAGCAGGUUCGGAUGGUUAGGCUAACAGUCGAGCUACAGCUAAUGUUAACUCACACAACCAACACCGGCGAGUCCGAGUUCAGUUGAGAGUUAAGCCGUUUGUUGCGUUGUUAACGGCAGCUCCGUGUCGUUCGUCAUAUUACGGACAAACUUUAUUCUUCUCAGAGCCAUAUUCAAGCAGGUGGGAAUGUAGCUAGCCAGCGUUAGCAACGUUUGUGCCCAAACCGUCCCUAACGACCGACUGCGAGCGAGCGUGAACUCAGCAUGAGGGUAACUUUCAUUUCAGCACGCAGUUUGCCAGCUCCCAUGGAUCGAUUUUCAUUGCCAGAUUAAAUCGUAAAAGGAUUUAAAAUGUUACGCAUUCGAGCACGGAUAUGUGAAGUUCUACCGGCGGCGUUACGACGCUCAUCGUUACAACAUGACCAGACCCGAUGCUUCCCCUGGUCUCCGUCUCAGAAGUAAAGUGUCAAGAUGAACUAAUCUCUGCAUGCAGAGCUCCGAGGGAGGGUCGGACACCACGACCAGCGUGGCAGCGCUGCGGACAUCCUCAUCAGCUCAGGCUCCUGUGGUACAGCCUGUCCCAGCCUCCCAGCAGAGGGUGCUGGUUCAAGCCACAGGCUCAGCUCAGAAGGGAGGACAAGUACAGCAGCUUUCAGUACCCAGGGUUCAACAGGUCCCCCAGCAGGUGCAGCAGGUGCAACAUGUCUACCCAUCCCAGGUCCAGUAUGUAGGAGAAAGUGGAGAGACUGUUUACACCAAUGGAACUAUUCGAGCGGCCUACUCCUACAACCCAGAGGCUCAGUUGUAUGGACAGAGCAGUGGGGGAACCUACUUCGACUCGCAGGCCAGUGGAACUCAUGUCACCACGGUUGUCUCCUCUGCCAGUGGCGGGGUGCCUCCUCAUGGCAUGGUGGGCAUCGCUAUGGAUGUUGGCAGCAGCCACAUCAUCUCCAGUGGAAGCACCUACCUGAUCCAUGGAGGAAGUAUGGAGGGAAGUCGUAACCACAUAUCACACUCGUCACGCUCCUCCUCAGCUAUGCUUGAAAUGGCGAUUGAAAACCUCCAAAAGUCUGAAGGAAUUGCAAGUCACAAAAGCAGCCUGCUCAACAGCCAUCUGCAGUGGCUGCUGGACAACUAUGAGACAGCGGAAGGAGUGAGCCUGCCCCGCUGCUCCCUGUAUAACCAUUACUUGCGGCACUGUCAGGAACAGAAACUGGAUCCCGUCAACGCAGCCUCCUUCGGCAAGCUCAUCCGCUCCGUCUUCAUGGGCCUGAGGACCCGCCGCCUCGGCACCAGAGGCAACUCUAAGUAUCAUUACUAUGGCAUCCGGGUGAAGCCAGAUUCACCGCUCAACCGGUUGCAGGAAGACACACAGUACAUGGCCAUGCGGCAGCAGCCUGUUCACCAGAAACAGAGGUUCAAACCUCUACAGAAGGUGGAUGGUAUGUCUGACAGCCUGUGUGGGAGCUCUCAGCACUGUAACAGCACUCCAGAGCAGUCUGUGGCUGCUCAGAGCCAGCACCACCAGCAGUACAUCGAUACGUCCCACACCUUGCCUCCGUUUCCCUCUCCUGACUUGGGCACCCAGCCGCUGCCUGAGCGCAUCAGCAUGAAUGAUAUCAAGAAGCUGCAGACGCUCUACAGAGACCACUGCGAGGCUACUUUGGAUGUGGUGAUGAACCUCCAGUUCCACUACAUUGAGAAACUCUGGCAGACCUUUUGGUAUUCAACACCGCCAUCUAGUGAUGGAAGUACCACCAUCUCCAACAGUGAAGAUGAUCUGGAAGGUGUGAUCCCCAGAGACAAGCUGGUCGCUCUGUGUAAAUACGAGCCAGUCAGACUAUGGAUGAGGAGCUGUGAUCACAUCCUCUACCAGGCUCUGGUAGAGAUCCUCAUUCCUGAUGUGCUGCGUCCUGUUCCCAGCACUCUCACUCAGGCCAUCCGUAACUUUGCCAAGAGUCUGGAGGGCUGGCUGACUAACGCCAUGACCAACUUUCCCCAAGAGAUCAUCCGCACCAAGGUGGCUGUGGUCAGCGCCUUUGCCCAGACACUGAGACGUUACACCAGCCUGAACCACCUGGCUCAGGCAGCCCGCGCCGUCCUGCAGAACACGUCCCAGAUCAACCAGAUGCUCUCUGACCUCAACCGGGUGGACUUUGCUAACGUCCAGGAGCAGGCAUCAUGGGUGUGUCAGUGUGACGAGAGCGUGGUUCAGCGGCUGGAGCAGGACUUUAAGGUCACACUGCAGCAGCAGAGCUCUCUGGACCAGUGGGCUACCUGGCUGGACAAUGUGGUCUCUCAGGUCUUGAAGCCUCACCAGGGCAGCCCCAGCUUCCCCAAAGCUGCUCGCCAGUUCCUGCUCAAAUGGUCCUUCUACAGUUCCAUGGUGAUCAGAGACCUGACCCUGCGCAGUGCAGCCAGUUUUGGCUCCUUCCACCUGAUACGCUUACUGUAUGAUGAGUACAUGUUCUACCUGGUGGAGCACCGUGUGGCUCAGGCCACCGGAGAAACCCCCAUUGCUGUGAUGGGAGAGUUCAGUGACCUGAGCUCUAUGAUGCCAUCACUCAUGGAAAAAGAUGCGUCCUUCUCUGAUGAGAUGAGCGACCUGGGCAGUGAUGCCGACGCGUCCAGAGGACCUACUGAACCGGCUGUGAAGCGAGAGAGGAUUGAAAUGAGUCACCCGAUGCAGGAGAUGUGAGUCCAGCCUGAGCGGGGCCCAGAGGUACAGCCACAAGGACCAGCAUCUUUUCCUAAAAAAACAACAAAGACGGGUGGCCCUGAAGUGUCUUCUGGGAUGAGCACACUGCGUCCUCCUGCCGUCAGUGUGUGCUGUGUACAUAGAGAAGACAGUAGCAGUGUGAGUCCUCCCCUCACUAAGGAUGGUCGUGAUUCUCCCAGGAAGCUCAUGUGUCUUUUUAUUUUAUUUUAUUUCUAAACUCACAGGGGUUUAACACAGGUCUGAUUUCCUUUCAGUUUUUUGUUGCAACUGUGAAUGACUUUGUGCAGUACCUUUUUGUUGGGUGUGUAACUUUUGAGUGGUGGUGUGUGGUGUUUACGUGAUUCUUCUUCUUCUUUUUUUUUUCUUAAAACAUUUUAACUAGCUGUGCCAUAGUGUCAUUUGAGUGCCUUAGAUUGCUAACUUCGAAACCACCACUACAGAUGUCUAUCUGUCCCUCAGCUGUGCCUCUACCGCAGUAUGAAUGUAUCGUCUCCAAACCUCAGACAUUCAAAGCACCUUUAACAUUGAUUAGGUGUAGGUGUGUGCACUCCUUGUUGCCUCCGCUGCAGUUUGCAGCAAACACACACACACACACACAAAUAAAGAAAAACAACAUGCAACCUACUGACCCAAAGGACCUUUCCCUCAGCCGUCCCCACCAGCUUAGCCAUAGUCAUGGCUCCGUAGGGCCUCGUAGUCAGGGAACUCAGUAUGUUACCUGUGAUGUUGGUUUGUUUACCUCAAUAGAUUUAUAUGCUUUGCUCCGUUCAGCUCAGAUGACAUGAGGCAAGUAUUAAAGAAAAAAAAGAAAAAUGUAGCCACUGUUGCGGCUUGUGUCUGCCACUACCCGUUUCCCCUUCAUGUAAAUACUUCUCCCCCUCCGAUGGCUCCUGCGUGUGCUCCAAGGAUGCAUUCGCUAAGUCCCAGACCUGCUGCAGUUUACCCAGCUGCCGCAGAGCUGGGAGUAAAUGCAGAGUAAUCCACUUAAUGGAGACGGGAUGUCAAAACCUGAAGUGGCACCUGGUCCGCCUCAUUUCCUGAUUUCAAAAAAAAAAAAAAAAAAAGUGGUUGUACGCUUCACCCAAGGAAGGUCGAUAAAUCGAUACGCGUUAGAGCAGUUGGGCCCAUAAAACCAAAACCCUCACGCUAAAAGAGGAUCUCGUUGGCGUCCGAGCCAGCACGCGCUCCCCGACUUCAGCUACUUUGACCUCAUGCUGUUACUCAGAUAAAAGUCUUAUAUUCUGUUUCAAUUAGAUCAUUAAAUAUUAGCAGAACACAGUGUGUUAUUUGGGGAAUUUGUCCAUAUUAAAUUAUAUAUAUAUAUAUCUAUAAAUAUAUAUAUCUCUUCGUAUGCUGUAGAAAGUGUGUGCUCUGUGGCCUUCAGUCUUUGCCUAAUCCCUCUCCUCACACUGUACUUGGUUGGUCACUUUGUUAUCAGAAGAAAAUACUUUGACGUGUAAUUGAUUAGACUGGCGUGUGUGUAAAAUAAUAAAUUUGUUUUCAAUCUCGAUUGUUCACUGUAUGAAACUCAAAUAAGAGUAAGCUAUUAAAACGUCACGAGAGAAAUUUCUAUUUAUAAGACCGGUUCUGAUUUUACUGACAUCAGAUUUGUGUUGAAAUUGGUUCAGUCGAUUUGUUUUUCCCUCCUCGUCCCUCCCUCGGAUGAUUUUGUCGUAGCGAUCUUGAUUUAUUUAAGGCUUUUUGUAACUUGUGGAUGUUGCAGUAAUUCGCCUUCAAGUGCUUUGGGGAAAAAAAAAAAGUAAUUUCUGUGUGUACUUUGUAAUGUUUUGUAAGGCUGUUUUAGAUUUUUUGGCGGAGGAUUAUUUUUUAUUGAACUAGAUUUGGUUCUUCUUACACACAAGUUAUACUGAAUCCUUAUUUUUGUGCAUUUUUAAAACUGUUCUUGACUACACUUUAACUAGCCUAAAGGACAGAAGAUGGUCUGUAAUAAACUGCACAAUUCAGUUGUAUUUUGUACUUGGUCACAAUGUGUAAUAAAUUGGUGUACGCCAAAA